UACGAGAUGUCCAAACAUCGAACUCGUCCGCCCUGCAUGGGAAUUCACAGACGCACCCGUUGUAAUGUAGUGGAUAACUCCGCACUAGGCAAGGAAGCUCAUAUGUCCGGAAAGCGAGCGUAUUGCAUUGAUGUGUACAAGCAAGGACGGCGGAAGAAGCACCUACCGCAUGCUACUCUUGGCGAUAAGGUUGGCUCGAGUCUUGAUCUUGUCCUAGAUACGGUGCACGUACACCCAUAUCAUUUGAAGUAA